GGUGCGUGGGUUUGUUGCGCCGCUGGCGUCGUUCUUAGCUUGUCCUUAGGUGUCUUUGGAAGUGGUCGGGACUGGCUCCGACGGCACAGAGUCCUCCGUCGUGUUUAGCAUUAAAAAGCACGGCGUCUACAGUGACGACGUGACGGUGGUCAGGCGGUAAAGUGCUUCGCCUGAUUCAUGCAUCAUGUGAUGGCGUGGAUUAGGUACAUUGUAAACUGCGGCGAAGGCACGCAGCGCCUGUGCAACGAAAACGGCUUGAAACUUGGCUCGUUGACGUCCAUGUUUCUCACUCGACUGGAUCCACUGGUAAUCCCUCGACUCCACUUCUCGUGACCAGCAUCUUUAGACGUGCAGUGGCAUUCCAGGCAUGAUCUUGGCGCUGGGUGGGUGCGGCACGCCAGAGCUGAGCGUCGUGGGCCCGCGUGGCACCCAUGCAUUUGUUAGCUCCACCAAGAGCUUUGCCCGUCGCAACUACCCCGUGAUCACGUGCUCGGAAGUGGAGAGUGAUGGUCGCACUGGCCAAAGCCCGUCACCUCCGCCCUCCCACAUUAGCCACACAAGCGCUGCAUCGUAUGAUCCUGUUGUCGACGACCGCUACGUGCGCAUCACACCGGUGUCGGUAAGACGAACCCAGGGGCUGCCACGUCAUGGGACUCCAUCAUCAACCUGUCGCCAUUGCAAGCAGCAGCGAGUCGAGCCACCCGCGAAAAAGAGCGAGCCAGUCGUGGUGUCGCGACCAGCGCUGGCGCACGACCAGCCGAUGCUCCAGUGGCUCCAAUCGUACUAUCAAGACAAAGAUCCGUCCAAAGUGCCGUAUAUUCAAGUGAUUCUCAACAAGUACCAAGGCCGCCACGACGACCUCAAGCACAUGCUGGUGGCCAAGUACGGUCCCUUGGCAGCCCCAGACGAAGCCAAUGAUGACGAACCAGAGACCGUUCAGACUAGUCCUCGGAAAGAUGAACGCACCAGCUCGAACAGCGACGACACUGUCGUCGUUUCGGACGUUUCUACGAACACACGACAGGCAGAGCCCAAUGACGACAGCCAAGAUGUAGUGCUGGCGUCCACAGCAUCAUCCAGUGACGACGAAGAUGACACCAACAGCAUGGAGACGUGGCUGCGGACGUUCUAUACCCGGCACAACCCAAGCAUGCUGCCGCGACUGCACUCGGUCUUGCAAAUGUAUGCAGGCCGAGAAGACCAGCUCAAAGCCAUGCUGGGUCAGAAAUACGUGACCAGCACAAAACGACCCCUCGAACAAAACACCCAGGACGAUGGGACCAAAAAGUUCAAGGGGGCGUCUAUCGACAGUGUCACAGACGUGUUCCUCACCCCUCCGUCGACGUCGCGACCGUCCCCCAUUCAGUACGACCAAGUCAUUUGCUAUGUCCUCGAGUACGUCCACACAUCUCUCCCUCUCGCCCGUGUCAUGAGCGACAAUCUUAGGUUCAAAACGUCGUCUGAUUCCACUACGAUCGCGUGGGUGGUCGAUGUCCCUGAUAUGACGUGGCUGCCCCACGUCACGGCGCUCUUGACCAGUUGCCAAGACCAUCAUCCAGCUCUGGUCGUGCACUUGACUCCGUCGUCUGUGGCACUGCACCCCACUUAUAUGGCGUGGGUAAGCGCGCACUCGACAGCUGGCCAUACGCGCCAUUUGCUCUUUGACGGGCAAUUGCUGGACGAAUUCCGCGACGGAGCGUGUGCCUUCAACUUCGAAGCGUCCGCCCGCCUUCGCUUGCAGUUGCACGCCAAGUCGGCGGCGUUGUUCCCUCUCUCGUCGCCCUUCCAAGCCAUCGCCACCGCGACUCCCACGUCGGCCGCCUCUCGACUCAUGCUUCGAUCUAGUGCCGGGACUACCUUCCACGUGGCACAGCCAGGGCUGACCUGCCAGCUCACUGCCAUGAAAUCCAACCAACAGAUCGGUUUCCACUAUCGGACGUGUACGUUGCGGCUGGCUACAGAAGUAUCAGCACCAAGUUCAGUGGAGCCCGCCGGACCGCCUAGUCACGCCCCCAAGCUGGCGUUCCUCGGUACAGGCUGUGCCGCGCCUUCCAAGUUGCGCAACAGCAGCGCCAUCUACUUGGACUACAGCCCCCCGUCGACCCAUGGCAUCUUGAUCGACUGCGGCGAAGGUACGAUCGAUCGUUCAUAAUACAAGGCUGACAUAGCUUCGUAGGUACGUUUGGCCAGCUGUGGCGGCAGUUUGGGCUGGCGACGUCGGCGCGACUACGCACGUUGCAGUGUAUUUGGGUAUCGCAUAAACACGCAGACCACCACUGCGGGCUGCUUCGAGUGUUGCUGGAGCGACAUCGCGCCUUCGUGCGCAACGCUCAGCCUGCCACGUCAUUGGUAGUCAUUGCCCCCGACGCCGUGUUGGCGUACGUGGCACGCUGGCGCGCCGCGUGGCUCCAUGGCGUGCACAUGGUCACGUGCGUGGACUUCAACCACCCCCAGCACCCCCUUCGAAGCAUGGUGCUGGGACUCACGGGGUUCCAGAACCUGUGGAGUGUGCCGGUGCACCACUGCCACGACUCGUUCGGGCUUGUGCUGAUCACCCACACCGGCAUGAAGGUCGUGUACUCGGGGGACACGCGGCCGUGCGACCGCCUUGUCCACGAAGGGUUUCGACCCCAUGUGUUGAUCCACGAAGCUACGUUUGAAGACAGCAUGUACGAAGAUGCGGUCAAGAAGAACCAUAGCACCGUCGGAGAAGCGUUGGAAGUUGGACACCGCAUGCAAGCGCAGUUGGUGCUGCUCACCCACUUUAGCCAACGGUACCCGAAACUGCCCCCUCGUCAAGCAACAGCAUCGGGAAGCCCGUGUGGGUUUGCAUUCGACGGCAUGCAAGUGACGCUGGACGCGCUUCCUCAACGCCAGCAUGAUCGGUACAUGCCACCGCUUCCCAUGGCACAUGCACCGAUGAGCACGGAAGCCACGUUGGCCAUGUUCAUGACUGCAAUGCGGAAAGACGACGUCCUGACGACAUCGUCGCCACCGCCGUCGCCAUAACAACGAAGUUUCAAUUACCGGUAGAUUCUGGCAAGAAGAUGUGGAAAACUUCCGCAAUAAAUAAUACAUACGUAUACCAAGCA